GCCGCGUUUAGUACGUUCCAGGGGGACCGAGCGCAGCGCACUUCACUGGGCGUUUCAGGUUCUGGCGGGCACGAACGAAACGGCGAUUGACGUCGUACCUUCCUUGGCGCCCAAACGGUAAAUCAAUCGUCGUUUUCGGCAAUUUGGGGCUUGGGGUUUUUUAGAGGGAGUGAAAUGAAAUUGAAUAACUUGCAGACGAUUUCAGAUUUUGAUCCCAAAAUUCGAAGCUGCAUUGGGCUCUGGCGCCUUCUUCUUCUCCUUCCCAAUUACAGUCGUCGUAGCUUUCGCAUUCAGAAAUCGAAUUAUUGGCGCCGCAAAAACUUCCAUCUGAUUGUUUCUUCUUCCUUUCAAAGUGUGAAAUUCGAACACUUUCCGCUAUCUGGCAUGGUGGUGGCAAAGGUGUUUGAUUGUCGUCACGGAGAUUGUCAGGAACUUGAAGGGUCAGCUGCAUUGGGUAUUGUUUGUCCAAAAUGUCUUCAUCUCCUGGCAAAAAACCAGAGGCUAUAUAAGCGUAAAGAACAAGAGACACUUGUGAAGGAGCAAGCUGAGAGAGAAAGGCAAGCAGAAGAGCAGAGGCGAAUUGAAGCGGUGAAGGCAGCAAGUGACGCUGACAGAGCACAUGCAAAGGCAGAGAUCUUAAAGAGACGACAAAUGGUGCAAGAGUUGAUAAAAAAAGGCUGCAAGAUCUGUUCAAGACGUUUGGCACAUAGAGUCUGGAGAGUUUAAAGGCGAGGACUUGGUGAAGUUAUGCUAUAACCAAAGCUCAGGUCCUCUUGCUAAUGCUAAGGAACUAUGGAUUCAUGGGCGGCGUAUUGGUUGGAAUGAUGGAUUGUCAAUUGUAGAAAGGCUCCGUAGCUCUGAGAGAAAGGAUGGUGACUGGUGGUAUGCCAAUGUUAUUGUACCUGAUCAAGCUGUUGUCUUGGAGGAGUCACCAAUCAACAUGGUGCAUAUUUCUGUUGAAAUGGCCCCCAUUGCAAGGGCAAGCUUGUGAGCAUACACAUUGUCAGUGUGUACUUGCUUGCACGUAUAGACCCUACUGGUAUUGUUCAUUCCUUUUUCCCCCUCCAUUAUUCAUAACAUUUAUUCUAGGUUGGCGGUCUUGGUGAUGUGCUUACGAGUCUCUCACGUGACGUGCAAGACUUAAAUCACCACGUCGACAUCAUUCUUCCAAAGAUUACGUUCCAAAAGAAGCGUUUCUGGUUUUGAACCUCUCGUCGCCAGACUUCAAGCUAUACAAUCAAUUUACAAACUAGACAAAAAAUGCCUCACAUGUAUCCAGCUUAAGCUUUUGGACAAAUAUAUAAGAUCCCCUUAAUUAAGCGGCAAUAAUGGGUUGGGGUUGGGCAGCUUGGCUUCAAUCCUGAUGUCCUCCAUUCUUCUUCUCCUUGCUGCAUUUCUUCAUGGUUCUCUGUAUAUAAUAGAGAACCAUUUUGUUGUUUUUCUAGAUCUUGCAGUUGAAGUCGACGUUGGUUCUUCUUCUCCUCCAUCAGCCACACAAGUGAUGUCAUCCUGGCCAAGAGACGACCCAUUCUCAGAUAAGGUAGAAUUAACAGAUGAUGAUGAGACUUUCCACCAAGGUCGGACAUAAGCUCUUCGGAUUCAUCAUUACCAGUGUAACUGCAACUGCAAGAAAUAAUCGAAGUUUUUGCAAGAAAAGCAAGGAUUCCAUUACAAAUAAGAAACAUUAGGUUGUUGGGCUACUUGCAAAUUUGCAAGUGGAACUGGUUCCUCAGCUUGAAAAUGUGGCUCCAUCUUCAUCUCGUCAACAACCACCCAAAAAUUCACUGGCUGCUACUGUUGUUGAAAGUACCACGAAGCAAUCACUUGCUCUAGUUCCAAAGGAUGUAUCAAAGCUAGCACAGAGGUUUUUUCAUUUGUUCAAUCCAGCAUUAUUUCCUUAUAGACCACCCACAGGACCAGUCGCGAACCAGAUUCUUUUCACUGAUGCAGAAGACGAUUUUUGGGUUCAAGUGUUUUAUAUUGGAACUGCAACACAGAUUAUUAGCAUCGGAGAUGAUGGAAUAUAAUACAGAUUCGAAGGCAAUUCAACAACGUUUUCUUCCUUGCAAAACUAAGCACCAGAUUUAUGUUAGGCAGAAAAAUCGCUGCUCAUCAAAAGCACCAGAAAAUCCCAUAAAGGCAGUGCGGAGGAUGAAAAACUCACCUUUGACUGCAGAGGAGAUAGCAUAUAUUCAGGAGGGACUUAAGGCUUAUAAAUAUGAUUGGUUGUCCAUAUGGAAAGUCAUUGUCCCACAUAGAGAUCCAUCCUUGUUGCCUCGGCAGUGGCGUAUUGCUAUUGGGACUCAGAAGUCAUAUAAGGUUGAUGAAUCGAAAAAGGAGAAGCGGCGAUUAUAUGAAUCAAAAAGAAGGAAGGACAAAAAUGCAGAUUUGUCAAGUUGGCAAAAUUCAUCCAAGAAAGAGGACUGUCAAGCUGAAAAGUCUGGUGGAGAGAACAGUGCAGAUGGUUUGACCGACAAUAAUGCAGGUGAAACUUAUGUUCAUGAGGCCUUUUUAGCAGAUUGGAGACCAGGUAUUUCCUGUGUAGAAAGAAACCCUAAUAGUGGUACCCUAUCCCGACGUGCUAUCAAUGAAUGGGUAGAUGUUUUUGGGCGUAAUGAAGCUCUUCAAACCCAGACCGCGUCACAGUGUCCGCAUGGUCAAUCUCAAACAACUGGUGUUAGACAUUUUGCAUCCAAUACCACACAAGCGAAUCAUUCUGUUUCUCAACUCUAUUAUCGGCCGUAUCGAGCUCGUAGAACUAAUGGCACACAACUAGUUAAGCUAGCACCGGAAUUGCCUCCUGUGAAUCUUCCACCAUCUGUUCGUGUAGUCUCACAAUCUGCCUUCAGAGGCCCUUUACAUGGGGCAUCUUCCACAGUUUCUGCUUCUGGAGGUGGUAGUGGUGCUGCUGCAACACACAAUCCAUUUUCUCAACUUUCUAAAGUUGGAAGGUUCGGGACCUCUGAUGCCAUAACAGCUACACAGAAUAAAAGUAGUUCUGUGAAAGACACUGUUUCGACGUUGCAUCCAGAAGAUUCUAGAAUCAUGAAGGAUAAAUGUAUAGAGGAAGGAAGAGAUGUUGAUUCUGAUCUUCAGAUACAUCCUCUGCUGUUCCAGGCCCCGGAAGAUGGACGUCUGUCCUAUUUCCCGUUGAACUGCAGCAACAGCAAUUCUAGUCCUUUCAGUUUUCUUUCAGCAAAUCAGCCUCAGCUACAUUUAAGCCUUUUUCAUAAUCCUCAACAAGGAAACCAUGUUGAUGGUUUUGACAAAUCACUGAAGGCACCCAACUCAACAUCUCGUGCCAGUGUCAUUGAUUUCCAUCCACUGAUGCAAAGAACUGAUUAUGUAAGUAGUGCCACAGUAAGAACAUGCUCAACUGUACCCCUUUCUGCUGGUUCAGGGGGAAACCGUUCUCAAGACCAAUAUCCUUCUGAUACUGGUCGGACUCAUUUGUCGGUCAAUGCUGAUCCACAGGCUAUGGGCACUAAUGAGAGAGCUAAUGAACUGGACUUGGAGAUCCACCUAAGUUCUACAUCUAAAAAGGAAAAAGCUUCAAAAAGGAGAGAUGUCACCGUUGAUAAUUCAGUUAAAUCAAGAAUAACGGAGCCAGAAAAGACAACUCAAUGUCCUAAUAGUUCAUUGCUUCGGCAGGCUGAAAGUUCUUCAGCAAGUGGUAGCGAGCUUGUUGUACCAAGUAAUAAUAUUAGCAGGUACAGUGUAGAUGAUACAGGUGACCAGUCCCAACCUGCUAUUCAGAUGGAACAGGAAGAGUUGAUCGACUCUGAUGAAGAAAAUGAAGAAAAUGUUGAGUUUGAGUGUGAGGAGAUGACUGAUUCUGAAGGAGAGGGGGGUUCGGCGUGUGAAGAAAUUGCCGAGAUGCAGAAUAAGGAUGUUCCAUCGUUUGCAAUGAAAAGACCUGCAACAGCAGAUCUUGAUGGCAAGGAGUGUGAGCCAAAACCCACUUAUCGUCCUCAGGACAAUAUUCACAGAAUUCCUUACUUGGACGAUGCCAGUAAUUCUUCAUGGGUAAGUUUGGAUUCAUGCGCGCCAGAUCACCCUUCGCACAUUAUGUCCAAGUAUGAUGAAGGUACAAUGGACAGCAGUUUUGCUGCCAAUGACUCGCAGUCGUCUUGGCCUGUUCGCUCUUGUAAGAAGGCAAAACUGAGCACAAGGGGAGGUGCAACGCAGAAACAAGCGGUGGACAUGACGCACCAACUGAGCCUGGGUCCUCCAUCAAAUCCGACGGUGAGCAAACCCAGGAAGCGUGUAUCGGGAUCGAGUACAUGUUUGAACAUAGGAUUGACUGUAGAAAACUCCGGCAGUGAUGGCUAACAUAAAAGAUUUUCAAAUGA